AUGACGAUCUUUACCUACAAUUCACGUACACUUGCAUCCGAGUCCUCGAUAGAAGACUUAUUCACGCAAGCAAGAAGGAUAAGGCACGACGUCAUCAGCCUGGUCGAGACGAGAAUACGUCAGCCUUUCAAAGCCGUCUAUGAGACCGGAGAAGAGCUGUUCCUCGGAACAUGCGACAGUAGAAGAGUCGACGGCGUCGGCGUUCUUGUCAACACGAGUUUGUCCAUGAGCAUCGAUUCAUUCGAGCAUCUUACAACCCAAAUAAGAUGUUUACGAUUAAAAGAUGUGGAUCACUACCAGCUUAGACAAUCAUCGUCGCUUACGCGCCGACAUCAAACUAUGACGAAGAAAAAGCCGAAGCGUUCUAUAUGGGCGUGGAGAAGUUCAACAGAGAAGACCCCACAUUCUUCGAGGUCAUCAUUACAGAUUUCAACGCUAAAAUUGGAACAACAAGAACGCCUGAAAGACGUUAGAUUGGGACCGACCGAUUAG